GUUAUUUUGCGUUAGUGCUUCAAGUACAUUCAAGAAAAGAAUAGCUCGUGAUCUGUUUAUUUAAACAAUUUUGUAUUGCAGAAAAAAUGGCGCCAAGAACCCACUUUGAAAUGGUUAUUUUACGCAUCUCUUUAGAAUCUCCCGACGAUCCGCCUCACGUUCCUACCCCAAUGACACAACACUACAAACCACCAAGGUUACCGGAUAUACGAGAGCGAAAUUUCCUGGCCAAAGCCAUCGGCAAUGAAAUGAAGCAAUUACCCCGUACCAUAACUUUCAGUUACCCAUGUUGGAACAUAAUUACUGGCGAUGCUAAUCUUUUUAAGGUUGAUUGUCGUGAAUUUGACAGGAUGCUAAUAAUAUUCGGGGACGAAUACGUAUACUGGAUGUAUUAUGUAAGCAAGCCUCCGAAGAGAUGUAUGUUUUCAUUGAAAAUUGAAUUAAGGUCAAACGUGCCGAUUAAACAUUGUGACUCUUGCUUAGAUGAGGAGUACGUAAACAUAAUGCAAGAAAUCAGACACCAAACGAAAUACUACACAACCCGAAAUAUAAAACAAAAGUAGUUAUUAAUUAAUUUACCCUGUGAGUGAAAAUUUCAAACCAUGCUUGGUUGCCAAGGGAUAUACUGUAUUUUCCAAAGAAACUAUUAUUAAAAAUAAAUUAUUAAUUGCAAAUUAA